CUGGAAAACGGCGACAGUUUGCCAACGGCUACGCAGCGCGAAAUAUUAAAAAAUCUGCCAAGUGAAAGCUCUCAUGCUUGACUUAACGGUAGACGUGUGCAAAAAUAAAAAUAAAAUAAGAAAACAACAAAAAAAAAAACGAAAAGACAAGUGAAACAAGUGCAUUGACAAAGGAUUAUUUAAUUACGAAAUUUGAAAUAAUUUUUACUGAAAUUUAAAAGUUUAAUUGCCACGCUGUGCUUGUGUACACCUACUAACGACUUUGCGGAUUUCCAUUUUAAUAAUUUUGUUAAUAACACACGACAAUUAUGAUUUGUCCGAAGCGCACCGCAGAGUUAAUCACACUCCAUCUGGCGCCUUUUAAGGACACCGAUCCUGCUUGGGAGAUAGGUGUUUCGAAAAUAGCUGGACGCGGCAUUUUCGCCACACGCGACAUCAAACGUGGCGAAGUGAUCUUUCGCGACAGUCCGCUGGUGAUCGGUCCUUCUGCGCGCGCCGAGGAUACGCUCAACUCGUGUUCGAAUUGCUUCAAAAUGUUGCCGGAUACAAAGUUUAUGUGUCGUCAGGGUUGUGGUUUGCCCAUCUGCUCGCUGUGUGGCAAAAAGCAACAACACAAAGCCGAUUGUACGCUCUUCAAAUCGUGGAAACCUUGCGAACCGGAUGUGGCCAACUCGCUGCUUAUACGCUUGCUGUGCGUUGGACGUGCCAUCAAUUUGACCAAGGAUCAACGCGAUCUCAUCUAUUGUUUGCAAGCAAAUUUGGAUAAUAAUCAUCGUACUGAAGUGCGUAAUGCCGCUAAGGGCUUCAACGAAUUCCCCACCGACAAAAAAAUGAUCGAGAUUAUGAAUCGUACCGUUGCGGUGUUGCGUACGAAUGGCUUCGAUGAGACCGUCGAUCGUUCCAACGAUAAUGCAGAGUUUCUCUAUCGCGCUUUAUUCCCAUUAUUUGCUGUCAUGAAUCACGAUUGCAUUCCCAAUUCAUAUUACACGUUCGAGGAGAAGACCAGAAAUAUGGUGGUGCACGCUUCGGUGGAUAUACCGGCAGGCACUGAGAUCACCACUACAUAUACGAAAUUGUUUACUGGCAAUAUUGCACGCCAUUUAUUUUUGAAAAUGAAGAAAGGUUUCACCUGCAAGUGUCCGCGUUGCUCCGAUCCAACAGAAAAAGGCGCCUUCAUUUCCGCACUCUACUGUCGCGAUACAAACUGUACAGGUUUUGCCGUACCCGAAACCACCGGUCUGCCGCAUCCCAACUGGAACUGCUUGGUUUGCAAACAGAAAUCGACGCAUGCGCAAAUGAUGAAAGCACAAGACUUCGCUUCAGGCGCGAUUAGUUCCAAAUUCAACUCGAAGUCACUUAAAUCGGUGGUGCUAUAUUUGAGAGACAAAAGUUCCGGCUUCAUACCGGAUAGCAAUUAUGUUGUAAUCGAUGCUAAAUUGCAAGUAAUAGCGCGUCUGUCGAAGAGUCGAGAGGAUUGUGAGGAUGGAGAGGCAGCGGCAAAGGCAAAAUUCUGCGAGGAUAUAUUGGAGAUUAUGGACAAGCUAGGGCUGGGUGAUUGCGUGAUGCGAAGCUAUUUGGAGGCCGAGAAGGCGAAAGAGGUGAAGUAAGCGGCCGUUGAAAAACCAAUGAAGAAAAUUAUAUAUUGAUGGAAGAAGAAUAUGUAAAAACCAAUGAAAAUCGCAGCUGUGUUUAAAAUUGGCUGCAAAACAUGUUUAUGUAUAAGUUAAUUUUGAAAAAAUUAAACAAAAAUACAAAAAUGCUGUUAGCGUAUUUAUAAUAUGUAAGAAAAUGUUUAUGUAUUUUUUGUUAUAAAUUUUAAUAAAAAAAUUUACUCUAUGCUGCAAAGACACACUGACACUGAACUCUUAAGAAAACAACCAAAUAACAUUACAAAAACAAAAAUAAUAAUUAUAAUUAAUUGUGCCUCGAAUAUUCAUUGUAAAUAGUGUUACUCGUACUUUGUAUUGUGAAUUAUUUAUGUGUAUGAAAAUAAAAGUACUUAAAAUUAAAAACAAAUAUUGAA